GAAAAGUAUGAGGUUUUCAAAGAAGACAUGUUAAGAUUUAGAGAAGAUGAGGUUCACUCUGGAGAUGCUACUGGCAUAACAAGUCAAAAUCAUGCAUCUAUCAUUGAGGUAUGUUCUUGGCAGGUGAUACAAGAAGAUAGCAGAGAUGAAAUAGAGCCUGUGAAUUUGCCUAGUCUUGUAUACGUUUCCCGCGAGAAAAAGCCUUCUCAUCCUCACCAUUUCAAAGCUGGAGCACUCAAUGCACUUUAUCGCGUCUCUGCCGUGAUGAGCAAUUCUCCAUACAUUCUAGUGCUGGACUGUGACAUGUUCUGCAGCGAGCCGGAUUCAGCGCGACAAGCACUGUGUUUCCACCUUGAUCCAAAGCUAUCACCUUCCCUUGCAUAUGUGCAAUUCCCACAGAAAUUUCACAACAUAAGCAAGAAUGAUAUAUAUGAUAGUCAGCACAGAUCAGCAUACAAAGUUCUAUGGCAAGGUAUGGAUGGACUUAGGGGGCCUGUGUUGUCUGGCACAGGAUUCUAUAUGAAAAGGGAAGCUCUAUAUGGAAAUUACAAAAUCAAAGGUACAGAACAUGAUGAAAUUAUUCAGUUGUUUUCUUUAGAUAUGAGUAUCACAACUGCAUACUCAUUGUUAGGCACUGAACUUGAACCCCAACAACAAUUUGGCACAUCCAACAAGUUAAUCAAAUCCUUAAAACAACAGAAUUUCACUCCUGAUUUGGUGAAUGGCGGGAAAGCUUUACCUGAUGAAGAGACUCUACUUUUGGCUUCAUGUAACUAUGAAACUAACACUAAAUGGGGUCAAGAGAUUGGAUUCUUGUAUGGUACUGUAUGUGAAGAUGUUCACACUGGAUUCAUGCUGAAUUGCAAUGGUUGGAAUUCAGUUUUUUGUGAUCCACCUAAGCCACAGUUCCUUGGAAACAGUACAACUAACCUGAAUGAAUUGCUAAUUCAAGGAACAAGAUGGGGUUCUGGUCUUCUUGACAUUGGUUCAAGCAGGUUCUGCCCUCUUAUAUAUGGACCUCUAAGGAUGUCCCUACUUCAAAGCCUUUGUGUUUCUGAGCUUACAUAUUUCCCUCUUUAUUGUUUGCCUCUUUGGUGUUUUGCCAUUGUCCCUCAACUUUGUCUACUAUAUGGAUUUUCCCUCUACCCUAAGGUCUCAGACCCAAUUUUCUUCAUUUUUCUGUUCAUCUUCCUAUCAUCUCUAACAAAACACUUAGUUGAAGUCCUCACAACUGGAGGAACAUUCAGAAAGUGGAUAAUAGAACAAAGGAUAUGGAUGAUGAAAUCAGUCACAUGCCACUUCUAUGGAUUGUUGGAUGCAACACUCAAAAAACUUGGUCUAAGAGAGGGUAGUUUCAUGCCGACCAACAAAGUGGAGGAUCAUGAACAAACCAUGUUGUACCAAAUGGACAAGUAUGAUUUCAGGACAUCAAAAAUGUUUCUUGUUCCAAUGGUUGCAAUCAUAAUCUUCAACAUGAGUUGCUUCUUUGGGGGAAUCUAUAGAGUGGCUUCAGUUGGAGAUUGGAACAGCAUGUUCAUGCAGCUAUUGCUUCCAUGUUAUGUCAUUGUUGUGAAUUAUCCCAUCAUUGAAGGGCUGAUAAGAAAAGACAAAGGAAGCAUUUCAACUUCAGUGAUUAUACUUUCUAACUUUUUGGUAACUAUUAUUCAUUUUGUACUUUCUCCUCUCCUAAGAUAAGUGUAGUAGUAGGGGCGGAAUUUAGCCACUGAGUGUAGUAUUAAUAUAUAAUCUUUAUGUUAAAAUCUUUUGUUCUCAAAAAAUCUUUUCAAACUCA